AUGUCGCUUGAUAGUACGCGUUGGCGAGGUCGUGGAACCAGCUUACCGGAUCUAUGGAGUUAUGGCGUUGGUCAGACAAACUGCUUUACGCUUGUCGAAGGGUUUUCCUUUGAUCGAGGUACCCAGUACUUUGUCGCUCACAUCCUGUUCGUCAACGUCUUCCAGGUCAUGAUCAGCAUUAGCAAGAAGCGUUUUCCUUGUGCGGACUACGGCAUACGGGCCAGGCCCAGCAGCCCAGGCACCGCGGAUGCGGAGCAGCGACGCAUCUCGUAUCGGUUAUUCGAGCAUGGGCAUAUUGCUCAUCACAUUAACUGGGGCGAUUAUCCUCUUGGCACUGGUGGUUAA